UGGCCAGCACCGGUCGGCACCGGCCGUCCCCGCACUGCCCAGCGCUGACCCUGGGGGACCGAGUGACGGCGGAACGGUGUGCGCGAGCGAGGAGCGAGAGCGGAGCAUGGCCCACCGGCUGCGUCAGGGCGCCCGCGUCUGGGUGCGAGACGCCACCACCGUGUGGAAGGCGGCCACUCUCAAGGCCGACUAUGUGAAGGACCGGCUGACACUGGAGCUGGAGGACUCCGGGGAGGAGCUGGAGCUGACCGUCAAGGACGACUCUGAACUGCCGCCGCUGCGGAAUCCGGAGAUCCUGAUCGGCGAGAACGACCUGACCAGCCUGUCGUACCUGCACGAGCCGGCUGUGCUCUACAACCUGCGCGUGCGCUUCUGCGACCACGGCGCCAUCUACACCUACUGCGGCAUCGUGCUGGUGGCGAUCAACCCGUACGAGGAGCUGCCGAUCUACGGCCCAGAGACGAUAUGGACGUACCGCGGCAAGGCCAUGGGUGACCUCGACCCGCACAUAUUCGCCGUCGCCGAGGAGGCCUACACCAAGAUGGAGAGGGUGAACACGAACCAGGCCAUCAUCGUGUCCGGAGAGUCGGGCGCCGGCAAGACGGUGUCGGCCAAGUACGCCAUGCGCUACUUCGCCACCGUGGGCGGGUCGGCCGUCGAAGAGACCCAGAUCGAGCGCAAGGUGCUGGCCAGCAACCCCGUCAUGGAGGCGAUCGGCAACGCCAAGACCAUCCGCAACGACAACAGCUCCCGCUUCGGCAAGUUCAUCGAGAUUGACUUCAACAAGAACUUCAACAUCCUAGCGGCCAACAUGCGAACGUACUUGCUGGAGAAGUCGCGGGUUGUGUUCCAGGCGCAAGACGAGCGCAAUUACCACGUCUUCUACCAGCUGUGCGCAGUGUCGGGCCGCGAGGAGUUCCAGGAGUUGGAGCUCGGUCACCAGGAUGGCUUCUUCUACCUGAACCAGGGCGAGUCGCCCACCAUCAGCGGCGUAGACGACGCGCAGUGUUUUGAGCAGACGCGUGAGGCCCUGACGCUGCUGGCGCUGGACCGGCGGACGCAGACGGCCCUCUUCCGCACGCUGGCCGCCAUCCUCCACCUGGGCAACGUCGAGUUCCGCGAGGAGAUGAGCGGGGGCGAGGAGGCCUGCAGGGUCUCGAAGGGUGACAAGAGCCUUCCGGUCGUGGCGCGUCUUCUGAACGUGGACCACGAGCAGAUCCGGCACUGGCUCUGCAAGCGCAAAAUCGUGUCCAUGCGGGAGACCUUUACGAAGAGCAUGAACCUCAAGGAGGCCACCUCGUCGCGCGACGCGCUGGCCAAGCACAUCUACGCUCAGGUGUUCGCCUGCAUUGUGGCGCGCAUCAACCAGUGUCUGGAGACCACCGAGAAGGUGUACCGGUUCAUCGGGGUGCUCGACAUCUACGGCUUCGAGACAUUCGAAACCAACAGCUUCGAGCAGUUCUGCAUCAACUACGCCAACGAGAAGCUACAGCAGCAGUUUAACCAGCACGUGUUCAAACUGGAGCAGGAGGAGUACGUUAAAGAGCAGAUCGAGUGGACCUUUAUCGACUUUUACGACAAUCAGCCGUGUAUCGACCUGAUCGAGACCCGGCUGGGCGUCCUGGACCUGCUGGACGAGGAGUGCAGGAUGCCGAAGGGUUCUGACCAGUCGUGGGUGGAGAAGUUGUACAGCAAGUGCGCCAAGUCGGGCCACUUCGAGAAGCCGCGGCUCUCCAACUCGGCGUAUGUGAUCGCCCACUUCGCCGACAAGGUGCAGUACGAGUCGGCCGGGUUCCUGGAGAAGAACCGCGACACCGUGCUGGAGGAGCAGAUCAGCGUGCUACGGGCCAGCCUGGAUUCGGUUGUAUCGGCGCUUUUCGCUGCUGAAAAGCCGACCGGCAAGACGUCGGCCAAGGCGCCGGCCGUCAAGGCUGGAGCUCAGAACAAGAAGACGGUCGGCUCCCAGUUCCGGGAUUCUCUCAGUAUGCUGAUGACCACGCUGAAUUCGACCACCCCGCACUACGUGCGCUGCAUCAAGCCCAACGACCAGAAGGAGGCGUUCGGCUUCGAGCCGCACCGAGCCGUGCAGCAGCUGCGCGCGUGCGGCGUGCUGGAGACUAUCCGCAUCAGCGCCGCCGGCUACCCCUCCAGGUGGUUGUAUCAGGAGUUCUUCUAUCGGUAUCGCGUGCUCUGCACCACCAAGGACAUCAAGCGGAAUGACAUGAGGGCGACCUGCGAAAACAUCCUCUCCAAUCUCAUCAAGGACGAGGACAAGUUCAAGUUCGGUCGCACCAAGAUCUUCUUCCGCGCCGGCCAGGUGGCCUACAUGGAGAAGCUGCGCGGCGACCGGCUGCGCGCCUGUGGCAUCAUGAUCCAGAAGCACGUGCGCGGCUGGCUGCUGCGCAAGCGCUACCGCACGGUGCGCGGCGCCACGUGCACGCUGCAGCGCUGGGUGCGCGGCUUCCUGGCGCGCAGGCGGACCCGACACAUGCGACGCACGCGUGCGGCCGUGCUGCUGCAGAGCCAGACGCGCGGUUUGCUGGCGCGCCGCCGCCACCAGCGGCUGCGCCGGCUGGCUGUGGGCCUGCAGGCGCGCGCCCGCGGCCUCUGGGCCCGGCAGCGGUACCAGCAGAUGCGCAGAGAACGGGCGGCCAUCACGAUCCAGCGCCAUGCGCGUGGCCUGCUGGCGCGCCGCCGGUACGCCCACUCGCUGCGCGGUCUGGUGCUGCUGCAGUCGUGCGUGCGCAGGAUGGUCGCCCGCCGCCAGCUGAAGGCGCUCAAGAUCGAGGCGCGCUCCAUCGACCACCAAAAGAAGCUCAACAAGGGCCUGGAGAACAAGAUCAUCUCGCUGCAGCAGCGUAUCACCGAGCUGUCGGGGGAACACUCGAGCCUGAAGCAGCGCCAGCGCGAGUACGACCAGCUGGCGGCCGAGCAUAAGAAGCUGAAGACCGAGUCGGUCGAGCUGCGCCGGCAGGCGGGCCGCCUGGCUGAGCUGGAGGCCGAGCUGGAGCAGCUCCGGCAGCAGCUGGAGCAGGAGCGCUGUGACAAGGUGGACUUGGUGAACGAGAAGGAUCGGAUUGAGCGCGAGGGUCAGGAUCGCAUUCAGCGGCUGAACGAGGAGAACGAGAAACUGCGGCAGCAGAUUCUGCAAAACGAACAGGAGAAGCAGGCAAAAGAGAAGGAGUCGAAAGAGCUGCUGAAGACAAAGGUGGACUUGGAGAAGAGCGUGCUGAACGCCGAGCAUGAUCAGGAGCGCAUCGCGUACCAGCGACUCGUGCAGGAGAACGCCCGGCUCGAGCAGCGCAACGAGACGUUGGAGCGUGAUCUGCAGCGCGCCCGCGGCGGCAAGACGCACCAGAGGUCGUCGAGCAACGUGAGCGGUGCGAGCGAGGCGACCACGGAGGCAGCCCGGGACGACGCUUCCGACCUGCCCAGCAUCACCUCCGACCUGCACGACGAGCUCAGCGACGUCGGCUACGGUUCGGUGCGGUCCCGCAGCAGCGAGCAGCCUGAGCGCAAGCUGGAGGCCAUCGACUGGAGCAAGCACAACGGCAACCCGGACCUGGAGCGCACCAUUGUGGUGCCGGAGCGCAAGGCCUCGCCGGACGUCAACCUGGUGCUGAAGCUGCAGCAGAAGCUGAAGGAGGUGGAGACGGAGCGCGAGCGGCUGGCCAAGCGACUGGAGCGUCUGGAGCAGGCCACGCCCGACAGCGAGAACAAGCAGGCGCAUGACCAGAUCCGGCUGCAGGAUCUGGAGAUGGAGAACGCCAAGCAGAAGGCCGACCUGCAGAAGCUGCGCCAGAGCAUAGCCUCGGGCAGCGGCGAUGACCCCGGCAACGAUCUGAUGCUGCAGUUCCACGCCAUCCAGGACGAAGUGGAGCGGCGGCGCGAGGAAUGCAUCCAGCUGCGGACCGUGAUCGCCAACAACGCCAGCCUCCCGCUGCGCCGGAUGGAGGACCGCGACACGAGCGAGGAGGGCGAGGUGCUCAUGGCCUUCGAGACGCAGAAGCAGAUCAACAGGCAGCUGGCGGAGGAGCUGCACCUGGAGAAGGAGGAGCGCGUGCGCCUGCUGCAGAUGGAGGCCGAGUACCGCGAGGAGCUCAGUCAUCUGAAGGCCGACAACGACCGCCAGCAGCGACUCAUCAGCCAGAACCUGGGCCAGGCGCAGCCCGGCCAGAACGAAGCCAUCAUGCUGCACGAGAUCACGCGGCUCACCUCCGAGAACCUGGACCUGCGGGAGAAGAUUGAUAAUCUUGCGGAGCAGGUCAAGAAGUACAAGAAGCAGCUGAAGCUGUAUGCCAAAAAGCUCAAGGACAUGGGAGGCGCCGAGCCCGGUGCUGAGCUGCUAGAGGGGCCGCAGCAGGAGGGCCCCGCCAUGCCCGUCAUCCGGCACAAGAGCGUCGACUACGUCGGCAUGUUCGAGUACAAGAAGGAGGACGAGGAGGCCCUCAUCCGCAGUCUCAUCUCGACCUGCGACCGAAGACGGCGGCCGUCCUGCUGCCCGCGCGUGGUGACGAAGCGACGCGACGACGCCGACUCGCUCGUCAUGUGGCUGGCCAACGUGUGCCGCCUGCUGCACCAACCUCAAGCAGCGUUCCAGUCGGAGAACACUGAGAAACAGAACGAGCAGUGUCUGAAGAGCUUCGACCUGUCCGAGUACCGCCAGGUUGCUCUCCGACGUCGCAAUGUGGAUAUACCAGGCCUGCGCAAGAUCUACCGCACGCUCUGCGAGCUCGGCGUCGACCCGGAGAUCACGGCGCAGGUCUUCAAACAGCUGUUCUACUCGAUAUGCGCGCACUCGCUGAACAACCUGCUGCUGCGCAAGGAGCUGUGCCACUGGACCAAGGGCAUGCAGAUCCGCUACAACCUCUCGCACCUGGAGCAGUGGUGCAGGGACAACCGGCUCCACCAGGACCAGGAGACGGGCGUCAUGGACACGCUGCAGCCCAUCAUUCAGGCGUCGCAGCUGCUGCAGGCGCGCAAAACCGAGGAGGACGUGUCGCGUGUUUGCGACAUGUGCGACAAGCUCACCUCUCCCCAGAUCAUCAAGAUCCUGAACCUGUACACGCCGGACGAAUACGAGGAGCGCGUACCGAUCAGCUUCAUUCGCAAGGUUCAGGACCAUCUGCAGAAGCACCGCGAGCCGGACACGGACAGCUCGGCGCGGCUGCUGAUGGACACCAAGUUCGCCUUCCCCGUGCGGUUCCCGUUCAACCCCUCCAACAUCCGGCUAGAGGACAUCGAGAUCCCGGACAUCCUCAACUUGCCCAUGCUGAAGAAGUUGUGAGCCGCUUACUGCGCCUACUGCGGUGGAGUCGGCUCCGGGACGGCGCCGACCGAGAGAUGGCGCCGUCGGCCCGCCGCCGCCGCCCGGGCGGAGGGCACUGCGCCACGCACGAGCGCGACAGGCGGUCACCACGCCGGCCGGUGCUGACGGGCGGCCGCGGCCCGGCUGGCCCGCGCCGAUACGCCUGGGGUGUGUACCGAGGGGGAAAUUACGCCGGCCCGGCGGCGGGCGCGCCAAUCGGCUCGGGCAGGCAACUAUUUAUGUCUAUUUAUGUUCUUUGUUAUCGAUAGCUUUAUCAUGGUUUGUUGAUUUUGCGGAGGAUCAGCUUCAGGUCUGUGGCAAUACUGUCGACGGCUGCUCUGCUCGCACGGGUGCUGUGCGAGUCGGCAGUGCGGCGCGUGUCUGGCCAGCGGUGCUCCGCAACGGGCAGCUAAUUCACGGGAUUCCACGACCCCGGCGGGCGUCAGCGAUGUAUGUUUCCCUCGUCUGCAACGGUCGACGAUUCAGUUACGGUCACAAUUGGAGCGCUUUUAUGAUUGGCAUGUGAUUUGACUCGCCGCGUGGCGCGGUCCGCCGCGUCGGCGUCGUCUCGUGCCUCUCCCGGCACGUUCAACGUGACAUUCCUUACGAUGUGAUAGCUGCUCUUUUAGAGAUCCCGCCCUCGUUUCGUGUUGCCCGCGCGGUGUCUACUUAGGCCUGCGUCGUUCAGCUCGGUUGGCGCGCGGACGCCAGCGGUCGGCGCCGUUGUUUUGUAACUGCCGGUCGGUGCCGGGGCCCUCCGCGUUAGCCUGCCGCUAUGUAGUGGAAUAUACAUGUGCUGCGA